CUAGUAGGAUGUGUUCAUUGAAGAUGGUGGCGGUGUGUCAGGCUCGCUGUCCAAGACAUUUCUCCGCCAGACUUUAGGAUCUUCAGUGAUAUCCACAAGUGUGACCAGGUCCUCAGGCCUGUUGAUCUGCAGACAUGCAGCCCCCUCCUCGGACUGGACCUCCAGGAGCUUCUGGACCUCCUCCUCCCUCUGGACCCAAUAUGUUCCGCAGGACCAGGCCCCACAAGCACGCAUCAGCAGCUGCUGCUGCAAUGCCGCCUGUUACUCAGCCCAUGACAGACCCUUUUGCUUUUGGUCGAGCUCCUCCCCAGAUGCCUUCAGGUGGUCUCCCAACAAUACCAAACAGCAGCGCUCCACCGUCGCAAGCCCCAUCUAAUCCCAUGUACUCCCAACCUGGCCCGGGGCUGCCACCAGAACCACAGGCGUCGGCGGGCAUCCCAGGUGUCCCUCUUGGCCCCCCACCAUCCGCUCUACCAGGGGUGACCUUGUUUAAUCCCCACAAUGCAGCACCUCUGGGUGGUUUCCCAGCACCAGGUCCUGCGUUUGCCACCCCAAAUACUGAGCAGGGCUAUUUCAAUUCGGGUGAGCCGGCACCAUCCAUGUCCUCAGAACCACCGCCUGCAGCCCCACCCUCUGUGCAUAAUCAGAUACCUUUUAACCAGGAGUAUCAUGGACAGCCCCCUCCUCUCGCUGCGCCCUUCCAGCCAAUGCCUCCCACCUCCUCUCCUUCUCAGUGGGCCCCAGAUCACGGAAGUCGACCGCCAUCUGUUCAGAACUAUUUCCAGCCAACGAGUGACCCUCAACCACAGCCGUACGCUGCCCCUCCACAGACUCAGAUGUACCCCUCGCACAGCCCAUCCCCACAUCACGGCACCCCCACCCCACCAAUUCAUCCAGGGCACCUGCAGAAUCAGGGUCCGUUCCCUCCUCAGAACCCUGUAAAUGCCCCCGGCUCACAAUGGCCAGACCCAAAUGCACCCCCACAGCAUAAUUCUCAUUUGCAAACGCAGAGUUACUUCAGUCAGACCUCUGCACCCCAAGACUCGUGGCUUAGCCAAGUUCCACAAGACUCGGGCUACCACCAAAUGAGCACUGGGCAUGGUCACUCUCAGCCCCAACCAGAUCCGUCUGGAUCACAGCAUGCAUCCAGCACUGGUCCAGGGCCCAGUUCUACCCCCGCUCCAGUUCCAUACGCUCAGGAAUCUGGUACACUCUCGAUGUUCUUCAAAGAUAACGACGUGGAGAACGAGGAAACACUGGCAGGAGAGAGAAAUAAGGCCGUUAAUGGUAUUCCCGGGCCUUUUCAGCAUCACAGCAACCCACAAGCCCCCAGUGGCCACGCCGAUGUUUCUUUGGAUUAUCAUGGCGGCGCUCCUCCUCUUCAAGAUCACGCGAACUUACCUUACAUGAAUGAUGGCAGUCAUCAGUUGCAGGUAACUGCCCAAAAACCUCUGGAUUCCCAGUUUGAUCAUGUGGAGAAUUUGGAGUGUGUCCCAAACCAGGAAGUGUUACCCAGUGAAGCCCCCUGCAGCUCGGCCGCCGCUGCGCCUCAUGCAGUGGACCAGUUCGAAACUGGGCCCAACCUGGAGACUCCAGAUUCAAUUCCAAGACCGAUCAGAUCUGCCAGCGUGUCAUCGAACUAUAGCAAUAUUAGCCAUGGAAGUGGAACUGGCCCUCGUCGGCACCAGGGGGUCAUGGGUACUUUCAUUCAGCAGGAAAGCCCCCGCCUCGCCGAUGAAGCCACCCUGUCUGCUGCCGCUGGAGGCUACUUUGAACAGAUUGACACUUCUCCGGCCGGAGAUGUGGGCGUGCAGCCGAGCCCGGCUGAGCAGAUGUGGCCUCCCACGCCCAGCCCUCCCAAACCAACUGGCAUUUUUCAGGCCAGUGCCAAUAGCUCGUUUGAGCCCGUGCGCUCACAUGGAGUUGGAGUGCGUCCAGCUGAGGUGGAUAAGGCUAAAAUGGUAGCUGAAGGGGUUGCAGAUUGUGCACCUGGUAACAUGGAGCAGCCACCAGAUAACAUAGAGAACAUUUACGGCUCUGGGCACCCUUUGCCCAGUGGGGCUGCUGGUGGAACGCCCCACCUGCCGCACCCGGUGGUACACUCGCACUCUCGACCCUCUUCCCGUGCGUUUGGGGCUAGUCGGCCCUGUGAGAGCCCCGCCACGACUCUGUGGGCUCAGAACGACCCCUCAAGCUUGGGCGCUAACAUCCUCCUGGCCCCUGCAGCCCCGACUGUUCUCGCCCCUUUGCGAGAGCCCAGUGCCGACGUGAUCCAGCCUCCCGAGGACGGCCCGCUGGACCUGCACCCUUCGCAGCCCGCUGCUCAGCAGCACUCAGAAAACCUGGAGAAUCCACCAGAGGUGAGUGAGCCCGAGCCGUCCGACUCUCAAGGCAACCUGGGCUACGCCUCUCUCCUCGUGUCGAGCUCCCUCCAGCAGCCUGUUUUGAUUGCGCCGCCUGUGUCGAAUUACAGCGUGAUUUCCCCCAGUACUCCUCCUCAAGCAGCCAAUCAAAGCAGCCUUCGGGAAACGACACCACCCGUGAGACCACUGGCACAGGGUUCCAGUGCCUCCCAAGUUUCCUCUAAUCAAAGUCCACUUUUUGCUCCUGGACCUGUGGGCUUCGCUCCAUCAGCUUCGACCCAGGGUCCGCUCAAUCUGACUCGAGAAAGCGUUGCAGCUUCAGCACCUGAACUCGCAGCUCAGCCGCUCUCGCAGCAGGCCCACCCUCCUCUUUCCAGGGGUCAGUCACAAAGUAGUGACAGUCACGCUGCUCUCCAAGUUAAUUCACAAGCGUCACCUGUGACUCCUACUGCUUCGAAUCAUAAUCAGCCAUCAAAUUAUGAACUGCUUGACUUUUCUAUGCACCAAUCACAAGCUCAAAGCCAACCCUCUGGCCCGCUUUCCUCUCUCCACGAGUCUCCGCAGUCUAGUAAUGGAUUUUACCUACAGGUCACCAAAGAUGCUCAACAGGGGGCAAGAGCAGAAGGAACUGCCCCUGUCCAGACCUCUGUUGCUUCACCUGGUCCACAGGGGCCACCAACACCUUUGCAAGCAGCUCCAAACACCCAGCAGUCCUCGAAUGAACCUCCUAAAGCUCCAGAUCCUCAGGCUGCACCACAGGGUCCAAAAGAUGCUCCUCCUGGCCCUGCGGGUGGAGCACAGCCUCCCCAAGGCCAGUAUUCAGCUCCACCCCCGGGGCCUCCUGCAGGAGGCGCUGGCCACCCCGCUCCUGCCUCUGCCUACCCUCCAGGACCUCGAGGGCCGCCGCCUCCGGGCGCUCCCCAUCCAGCUCCGACGGAUCCGCCUCGACCACCUUCUGCUGCAGGCAGCAGCCACGGUUACGCUCCUCCGCCCGCACCGGGGCAGAUGUACGGCGCCUAUUACGGGAAUUAUGGAGAAUACCCAGACGGCAGAGCGCCGUAUCCUGGUCCUCAGUACCCCCCUCCACCCGGGGACCCACGAGCACAGGCUUAUUAUCAAGAUGCUUCGUACAGGGCCAGAGGAGAUCCGUGGUACGGCAGAUACGACGGUCAGAAUCAAGCUUACCGAGAUCCAAACUACCCGUACAGAGAACCGCAGCCAGAACGGCCCAGCUCCCGAACCAGUCAGUACUCUGACAGACCUUCAUCCAGACAAGGCUAUUCUGACGAAUACCACAGAGCAAACCGAAGUGCCUACAGUGAUUAUUAUGCAGAUUAUCCCAAGCACUAUGAUUACAGCGCAUACAACUAUGGACAGUAUGACCCCCGAUACAGAGGAUACUACGAUCAGUCCUACUGGUCCAGUUAUGAUGAAGCCUACAGAGCAAGAGACCCCUACUAUAAUCAGCACAUGUAUCCUCCCAGGAAAGAGGGCUACGAAGACCAGUGGCGGUACUACCCCGGCUACGACGCCAGUUUUGACGACGACUACCGCCGGCGGGGCGAGAUGUACGGCGACGACUUCGACCGGCGCAGCGUCCACAGCGAGCAGUCGGCCCACAGCGUGCGCAGCUCCCACAGUCACCACAGCAGACGGAGCAGCUUCAGCUCGCGCUCACAGCAGAGCCAAGGAUACAGGAGCCAGCCCGACCUGGUGUCAGCGGUUUACGACACCACUUCCUCCACUCUGGCCGUGGACUACUCGUACGGGCAGUACCCCAAUCAGACCGACGCCUCCCAGAACUACAGCCAGUACCCCUACGCCUCCGAAUACCCUGCAGACAGCACCUGGAUCGCCCCGGAGCAGCCUCCGCCACGACCCGCGACCCCGGAGAAGUUCACCAUGCCCCACCGCUGCGCUCGCUUCGGACCCGGCGGUCACCUGGUCCAAGUCCUGCCCAACCUCCCCUCAGCAGGACAGCCCGCUCUGGUCGAUAUCCACAACUUGGAGACUAUGCUGCAAGACACGCAGGACCAGGCAGAGCUGAGAUCUUUUCCUGGACCGCUUGUCAAGGAGGAGACCCACAAAGUGGACGUGAUCAAGUUCUCCCAGAACAAAGCGCUGGAGUGCUCUCGCGAUACCAGCCUCCUGGACAGGGACUCUGCCCGCCUGCUGUGGGACUUCAUCAUGCUGCUCUGCAGGCAGAACGGGACCGUGGUGGGGACGGACAUCGCCGACCUGCUGCUGAAGGAGCACCGCUCCGUCUGGCUCCCGGGGAAAAGCCCCAACGAAGCCAACCUGAUCGACUUCAACAACGAGCCGCUGGCCCGGGCGGAGGAGGAGCCGGGAGCCGGACCGCUGUCCCUUCUGUCCGACACUUUCAUGACCGUCCCCGAAAACGUUGGGAAGGAAACAGAGCGCUUCAGGGAGCUUCUGCUGUUUGGCCGCAAGAAGGACGCGCUGGAAGCCGCCAUGAAGGGAGGCCUCUGGGGUCACGCGCUGCUGUUGGCCAGUAAGAUGGACAACAGGACGCACGCUCGCGUGAUGACGAGGUUUGCCAACAGUUUACCCAUCAACGAUCCCCUGCAGACGGUUUACCAGCUGAUGUCGGGGAGGAUGCCGGCCUCUGCCACUUGCUGCGGAGAAGAGAAGUGGGGCGACUGGCGCCCCCACCUGGCCAUGGUGCUGUCCAACCUCACCCACACGCUGGAUCUGGACACUCGCACAAUUACCACCAUGGGAGACACUCUCGCAUCCAAGGGGCUGAUGGACGCCGCGCACUUCUGCUACCUGAUGGCUCAGGUCGGUCUGGGGGUUUUCACAAAGAAGAGCACCAAAAUGGUUUUGAUCGGCUCCAACCACAGUUUGCCAUUCAACCAGUUUGCGACCAAUGAAGCAAUCCAAAGAACGGAGGCCUACGAGUACGCUCAGUCCCUUGGUUCCCAUCCCUGUUCACUGCCCAAUUUCCAGGUGUUCAAGCUGAUCUAUGCGUGUCGUCUGGCUGAAGCUGGCCUGAGCGCUCAGGCCUUCCACUACUGUGAAGUCAUCUCCAGGACCGUCCUCAUGCAGCCUGCCUACUACUCCCCCGUGUUCAUCAGCCAGGUUAUCCAGAUGUCUGAGAAGCUGCGGUUCUUUGAUCCGCAACUGAAGGAGAAGCCAGAGCAGGAGCUGUUCAACGAGCCCGAGUGGCUGAUUCACCUCAGACAGCUGGAUGGACAGCUCAGGACGGGGGUGAUCACCUACAGCGCGGUGCGAACGACUCCCACGCAGUUCGACUGCAGCAGCCCCAGCUCGGACAUGGAGCAGCCCAGUCCUCCUGAGCCCUACUCCAUGUCCGCGGAGGUGGACGGGCAGACCCCCGACAACCCUCUGAUGAGCUCCCUGCUGCCCGGCCCGCCGCCGCAGGCAGUCCAGCUGAUGCCUCCGGCUCCCACCUCGAUACUCCAAGAUGGGAUGGCCCCUCCUCAGCACUUACCCCCAAACGAUUUCUACCCAGUGCCCCCCAGCGGACCGCCGGGUCCGAUUCCCGGCUCGGUCUACCCCCCGCACGACCCGGGCUACGCGCCCCCCGCCUUCCAGCCUCAGCCCGAGCAGGCCGAGCUGUACCCGGGCUCCUGCCCGCCGCCGCACAUGGGCCAGAUGUCGCCCAACAUGCUCCCCCAGGUGGCGCACUCGCCCGUGCAGCUGAGCCCGGCCCAGCACGUGCCUCCGUCCCCCGGGCACAUGGCGCCCGCAGACCCGCCGCCGCCGCCGCAGGCUCCAGCAGAGAUGCAGAUGCCCCCGCCGCUGUCGACGUCGCCGCGCAGGAGCUCCCUCACUCACCAGAUGGACUUCUACGACCACAUGGCUCACAUGGGUCCCGGCAGAUCGCGGACGACCUCGCAGUCUUCAGUGCACAUGGCACCAGGGCGGCGCUCUCGUACGACCUCGGAGUCUUCCACUCACUCUGCAGGGAGAGAACGCAGCAACUCCGCCAUCAAGCAGGUCUCCCCUCCCCCGCCCCCCAUUCCCGAGCAGCCCCGCAAAGAAGAGGCCAAGAAGGCCAAGAAGGACUCCCCCAAAAAGAGCGGCGGCCGCGGCUGGCUCAAUCUGAGUUGGAUCUACGGGAAAGGAAAGAACGAGGCUCACCUGCCGGACGACAAAAACAAAUCGAUUGUUUGGGACGAGCAGAAGCAGAGAUGGGUCGACAUGAACGAGCCUGAGGAGGAGAGUAAGCCGCCGCCUCCGCCUCCAUCUGGCUUCCCGAAGAUGGCUCCGAUGCCCGGCCCCGGAGGCCCCGGUGGGCUUUCUGCGCCCCCCGGCGGCGGUCCUCCUGUCAACAUGUUCUCCAGGAAAGCUGGCACGAAGAGCAGAUACGUGGACGUCCUGAACCCCAGCCGGGCGGCCAAGCCCAGCGGCCUGGCCCCGGCCCCGGCGGAUCUCUUCGCUCCUCUGGCGCCGAUGGCGAUGACCGCCAACCUGUUCGUGCCCAAUUCAGCUCCUGACGACAAACAGCCUCUGGAAGGCAGCGAAGGAGGGACUCAGCAGCAGAACUCCCCCACAGCGAGUGCUGCUCAGCAGAUGUUCAACCCCACGCUGCUGCCGCCGGCCCCCGACGGCGCCCCGGUGCCCGACGGCUCCCAGUCAGGGGAGCUCUCACGUUCUAGCUCAAUGAGUUCUUUAUCACGCGAAGUGAGUCAGCAUUUAAACCAGAAUCACCCCGCCCAGGGAGCCCCGCCCGCCGGAGGCGUCACCUUCUACAACCCUGCACAGUUUGCACAGACGACCGCGCCGUCGAAAGGCGGCGUCCGGCCGGGACGCCUGGGCGGCCAGCGGCAGUACCCCGUGAUGAAGUGAAGCUCCUCCCACCCGGACCCCGCCCUGCCGCCCGGGAGCCGAUGAAGCACAUGGACGACCCGCUCUCCGUCUUAAGGACCUUUUUUCUUUCUGCCUGCGAAGCGAGAAGAGCGCCAUCAGUUCCCCGUCGCGUCGCUCUCCAGCCUAACCACUCGUUUCUGUCUCUUCAGUUCAAGAACUUUUUCUUUUUUUUAUUUUAAUUUUCUAACCGUGUUUCCUCGAAGGGCUCAUGCAUCCAAACGCAUGUAGAUCCGCGGCACUCGCCCGUGGACGCGUUCACACACACUCUGUCGGCCGUCAGCAGAACGCUCACGCCCCGCCCGUCCCCCGCCCGGAUGGAAGGAGAGCGCCGCACCUUUCUGACUCCCUGUUGUGAACUCGUACAGCAGCUCUCGGCUGUUCCCUCUUGUCGACUGGAGCGCGAGGACGAGUCGCGUCGCUCGCGAUUCGUGUUGUUUGCGUUUCCCCCAGUCGCCCUGCCGUGAAGGAAUCAUGUUGGAUGACAGGAGAGAGAGAGAGAGAAGGCUGCAGCGAAGCAAUGCUGCUGUUUUCAGAUAUUUAUUAAAAAGUCCUCCUGCCCGUCACUCCUUCUCUUUCCAGGAUGCGUCGGGGGUUUUCCUCGUCUCCGGUUUCUCCUCAGAGGCUGAAUCACAGUCUCCAGAGCAGCAGGAAUCACGAUGGAAACCGCAUUUUAAAUGAAUCUAUCCAAAUAUUUGUAUAUCAGAUUGAUUGUAUUUAUGAGCUGUAGACAUAAAAGUGUGUUUGUGUGUGUGUGUGUGCGUGUGUGGAGAGCAACUAAUUUUUCCUCUGGUAAGCUUUGACUAAAUGCAUUUACGAUUGAUGAGAUGAAAAAGACCCAUAUUCUGAUUGUAACGGCCGCUUAAGCAGAAAAAUAAAUCUGUGUCUAAAUUGUGCACUGAGAGCUAAUCGUAUUUCCAAACACUUUCAAUUCACAACGAUGUGGUUUUUAAUUUAGCCGUCUGUCAUCCCAACAUGUCUGAUCGUUAUUGGUUUUUUUUUAGACUUCAGUUUAUGAUCUUGAACGGUUCCCUUUUGUUUCCGAUGAUUUUGAUUUCCUUGACAUGGAACGGUGAAUACAAAAAAAGGUAGAAACAAAAGGUAAUAAAAGGUAUUUUUUUGCGCUUUGUAGCACUUUGAAAGAGACGUCUCCUCGUUUUAUUCCUCACUGAAAGCUGUUGUGGUUUCUUCCUCUUUACCUUUUUUUUAAAAAAAACAAAAAACUUUGAACAUGGAAUAAAAAAUUAACUGUUGAAUGAAAAAUAACUAAGCUUUGCAAAGAUAAUUUCAGGAUAAACUUAAAUAUAAAGUGGGCGAGAGGAGCAGAGUGACAUUGUUCUUUUUGGAAUAGUUCUUUAAACAGUUUUAUAGUUUUGAUACUUUUAUUUUUGUUCAGAUUUAAU